AUGCUGGCAGAGGCGCUGGCCUUCAUCGACGAGUGUGACAGCAACGGAAAGCGUACUAAGGCUCGCACAUCUAAAAAAUCCAAAGUUUUUAGCUCAGUCGCGUCUCGGAAACCGCAGAGCUCGGAUAAAACCCAACAUCAAGCGGGUGAUUACCAGUGCUACUCGGCACGAUUACAACAUCGCAAGAAGGCAGAAUUGCGUGCACUGAGAGAGCAGGCGCUUGAACUCGAUGAGCAGGUGAAGCUGCUACUGCAGCGACGUCAACAGAGACAACGAUCUCGAACGGAGAAGGAGAAAAACUCAACCACCCAGAACGAGGACGAUGACAGUCGGGAGUGGCUCAAGAAAGCGGUGGGUGAAUUCCAAAAACGACAGAAAGCAGAGAGAACCCACAGGAAACUCCAAGAGAUCUGGGCCAAUCAGACCAAAGUCAACGGAGCUUUCCGGCACUUGGUGCAGCGUCGCUCGCUGCUUUAUGGCAAGGAUUUUGUGUUCGAGGAUAAAGAGAACACACCACUGGAGCCUUCGGUGGCGGACGAGACGAUGAACAUCAUCUCCCAACUGGAAAAGAGAGUAGAGCGACUGUACUUGAGCUCCGACUCCGUGUUCCCACCAGACCUCCCAGAGACCAUUUCGUGCAACACGAGAGUAAAACGCAGCAGCGACACGGCCGGCAAUUGCAUUGAGAUUAUCACGACAACGCCCGUAUCCAGUCCGCUGCAUGUUGCAGCGGAUGUCGUGUGGAAAGACCUGAACGUCAAGAGCCAAGAUCCCGAAAGAAUCUACAGUUUCAUCCGUGGCCGCAACUCCGAUUCAUUGGAGAAAAACUUCCUCAUCGCCUAUCACAACCCGUCGGGUGUAUUGAAGAUCGACGGCUUCCAGUUCAUGCGCAAGUUCGAGGAAUCCGACCGCGUUGUGGUCAUAAAACACAAUAUUCUGACGCUACCGCACAUGGGACUCGAGUUCCGUGACCGCUGUUGGAUCAUCAUCUCCCGCUCCAAGUCGGACCCGACACAAGCGUCCGUCGCGCGCACAUGCUACCAGCUCUACGCUGAAGGCUCUGAAAGUUUUUCAUCAAACGAAGACGUCGCGCAUACGCGGGACUAUAUCAUGUGGGAAAGUGCGACGGGACCACCAAAUGUUGCAGAAUACACCGUUUUAAUGACGGGGCCGAGAACUCGAGCCGAGAUAAAGCGUCGGCGCAGCUCGAGCACCGGAGAUGCUACUUGCGGCGUAGAGUACAGUGAGCAGCUGUAUGCAGCGCUUACGGCGGGCGCGUUGUGGUUCCUGGGUGUCAAAGAUAUGGUUCAGCUGUUGGGGACGUGUCGGACGCUUCGGUUUGAUAAAACCCUGGGUGUUAUGGCGCUGAGCAAUUGCAGCGUUGGGGUGCAUUUACUGCACGGCUGUAGCGGUGAUUGGAUGGAUUUAUCCCUACAGAAGCAGCAAGAAUCGACUGGAGAAGAAUCGAUCUUCUGGUCCGAGUGCAGGGAACACAGCCAUGUUGCCAGGAAGAAAGAGCUGAAUCGUCGCUUAAUGGAAGAUAAAAUACCAUUGGGUUUUUCACGAGGACAAGCCGCGCAGUUGCUAUCUCUUAUUGGCAAGUUGGAAAAAUGUUUUAAACCAUUUUACAAUCGCGCCUAUGUGGCAACUCCGUUUGGAGAUUUCUGUCGUGCUCGACCGGUCAUUUUGCCACUACCUGCAAGAACUGAUAAAGACGCGAAUGCAGCGUGGACGAUGGAAGAUGCUCGUGACGCGUUGAAUUCCAUGUGGGAUCGUUUCGGAGACGAUUUCGCCGCGUCGGGUACGGAAUACAUGCAUGUAUCGGAGAUAGGGAUGCACUGGGAAACUAUUGCUGUUGCCAAGCGUGAUGCCAAGACGAAGUGCAAUUUUUGCGAUACGGCAAAGAAAGCUAUUCGGGAAUACCGGAAAGAGGCAAAUACAUUGAUGGACGAGUUCACGCGUGUGUUGAAGAGCAAGCAAGUGGAGUGGCGUGCAGAAGGUCUGGACGAUGAUGAGAUGCAUGAGCGACGUAGUUUACUAAAGGCUGAUAUGUUCUUGGAAGACUCGUAUCCUGAUCCGAACGCAGCUGAGAGCACAGCGGACGACAUCCUCGCGCACAUUUGCGAGCACGACAAGUUCCCCGUAGUCCCAUUCGAAGGGAUGGCUAACGGUCUAGAAAGGAGGAACGAUGAUAUUUUCAAUGCGCUGGCACUGGAAUGUCAGGAUCUGUGUGACUCGUUCUACCGGCCUCUGAAGCAGAAUCUGGCGGCAGUCGUGGCCUUUACCGGCCAGCGAGUGCAUCGACCGUGGAUGGACACGGGCGAGGAAGCGGGGAUCAUCCGACGCGAGCUCAUUGCCGGGCUAUCAAACAACGGGUUUCUAGUAGGCGUAUACGUUAUGAAGGCCGUGGAGGACUAA